GUGCGGCGUCGCCUCUGCUCGGUUCGCGCACUCACAACUCGUUCGACCGUCGAGCUGAACGCUUCGAGAGAAUCGCUGCGUACGAACGCGUUCAGUUUACGUGCGCGCCUUUUAAACCGCUACCACCGUUUCGCGAACGUCCUUUGUUUGCCGUAUCGGGUCCCCCUAUACACGUGUUUGCGUGCUACGUCUCCGUUUAACGGUGCUCUCCCGCGGGAACAAGAGCCAUGCGAUUUUCGUGGGUGUUCGUGGCCACGGUGCUGCUCGUUCUAGUCUCCGGAGCAAGGUGUAAGAGGAAAUUCGACGGGGAUUUCGAAUUCGCCGAAGAGGUGAGUGCCUUUCGAGUUUCCGAUUCGUCUGACAGUUUUCGGCGUAAUCUACUUACCGAUGACACGCGUAUAAUGAAAGUGGGUGACAAGAAGAGAUGGAUACACGACCCUAACAGCGAACUCUGUCGUCAGCUGAAUUGCAAGAAAAAGGACCUGUGUCUGCUGAAGGACACGUUCACCGCUGUUUGCGUUUCAAAAAAAGAGCUUGAGAAAUCAGGAGACAUAAUAAUACCAAAAUCCCGAAUGGUUCAGCAAAACCGACGAAUGAGAACAGAAACUUCGGUCGACACAGAAGACGACGACGCCUUCUUCGAUUCCGAGGACGAUGACGAGGAUCAGGACGAGUCCAAAUGUCAAGAAUGUCCUGUGGUGAAGCCGACGUUCCUUUGCGGAAGCGAUAAUCGCACGUACAGUUCCCCGUGCCGGCUCGAGUACCACAAUUGCAUCCACCACACGUCAGUUCGCACUACAUGCAAAGGCUUUUGCCCUUGCAAAGCGGCUGAUUUACGGGCGCACAACAAGAAGAUGCAGAUACAGCGACAGAAAUCUUUGACGGGAAAGAUGGCGAGGAAUCGCGACAUCACGCUUACUCCUCGGGUCUUCAAUUAUGAUAAUCACCAUUAUCAGUAUCUGAAGUACUCCAAGCGCGCUAAGGCACUGGCCGGCAGCAAAUACGACGAUAAACAUCUGAUGAGCAACGAGGUGAUGGAGAAAACACCGUCUCCGUUGAAGUCGACCUACAGCUCUCAAUCGUCAAGGAAUUCCGAUUGUCCGCCGUCGUCGAAGCCUGCUAUGGCGAAUCGUCUCUUGGAUUGGUUCUCCGUUGUCAUGGCUGACUCUAAACAUCGUCGUCCGCAUCCUAAGCCGAAAGGUCACUUCCCCAUCGGUUGCCAGAGCGAGGUCAGGUGGAUGUUCGGACAUUUGGACAGCGACAAUGACGGCCGAUUGUCUCUUUCGGAACUGUACGGACUCGAACACGAUCAGAACGAGCCUUGCCUGAAACCGUUUUUGGAUGGCUGCGACACCGACGGAGACAUCUUCGUAAGUGGUCCCGAGUGGUGCGGAUGUUUCUCAAAGGCUGAGCGUCCGUGUGCCGCCGUUCGUAAGCGAUCAUCCCCCAACGUGGCUCCAGCCUGCGAUUCCCGAGGGUACUAUCGAAGCACCCAGUGUCAUCGCGGUCUCGGGCUAUGCUGGUGCGUGGAUCCUCAUGGUGUGGAGUUCGCCGGCACUAGAACACGUGGCAGCAUGCCAGAUUGCGACACGAUCGUGAACAAGAUCAGCAACGGAGGCUUGAAGACGAACAGCGUGGACUUGGACGACGACGAAGACGGUGGCACAGACUCCGCCCAGGACCUCGAAGGGUCUGCCGAUCAGCCAUUAGACUUUUAGACCCCUUAGAACCAACCAGUAACAGCAACAGCAGCGGCAGUAACCGAAAGCGAGCACCUUGACGUGAUAUCGAACAGCCGGACGACGAGGUUCUUCUUGUGAAGGAGAAUCGAGAAAAAUCUCGCCCGGUCGUCCGCUGGUUUUGAGUAUCCGUUGUCAUCGGAAGUGUCUUCAAACGACGGCUGCGCGAGCCUAAAAUCAGUUCGGAGAGCAACGAAAAGCGGGAGGAUUAGCAGCUAAUACCCUGGCAUCGUAACACUUGACACAUCCUCUUUUGAUCCUUUACAGAUAUCCAGUUGGUCGUUUUGACCAAGAAACGAUGACAUUUUCCGAUUGAUCCAAAUUGAGCUGUUUAAGAAACACGAAGUGCCAAACGGGUGAAGAAGCUGCUGAAUCAGAGAAUCUCCUGGGCAACAGGAAGCUUAAACAGUGCAAUAACCGAGGGGGUAAACAUCAGUGCAAUAGAAGAGACGAAACGUCGACGAACUAUAUUUAUGCGUGAAAGAAAGUAGAAGUUUGCGCGAUGAGACGAGAGGAGAUAAACGAUGCAACAGGGAACAGAAAACAAGCUCAUCCUCCAUCGGGUAAAAUUCACAAUGUCCACUCCAUGACGCAUAGAGAUUAUACCUUUAAAAAUACGGGGAGAAGAAAAUGAAUGCUCUAUGUAAUUAUGAUUUCUAACCGCGUUAGAUUAACGAUGUCUCGGAUUGUAACGUCUAAGUAUAAUGCAUAUAUAUAAAGAAAUAUAUAUAUUAUAUAUAUAUGAUACUGUCUAUGACUUUACGAUAAUACAGCGGACGAGGACAAGCUGGCUGAGAGAGAAAAUCCGGCUGAUCGUCGGCGGACACGAAACACGCCCUUAGAGAGAUGCACACGCUUAAAGAUAUAGAGAGUAUCGGAAGUAUUCGCAUAUAUCCGAAUCACAAGGAUAGUUUUAAUUCAGCAUCUCGCGCACCUUUUAACGAUUAUUCGCAAGAAAACGUGAAUACGCCGAAACAACAGAUAUUCGCGUCACCCACGCUUAUUUAUUUCUUUCACGGUUAUUAACACGUUUUCUUACUUUUAUUUUCUUUUCUCUCGUAGCCAUCUUGCGUUGCGAGAUUUAGUGUAAGAUAUACUGCAUAAAAGAAUGACCUAUUUCGUACUCGCUAACUACUAAAUCGUCGCGGCUCGAUCACGACGGCGAAAGAAAUUGUUACCAUUCGUCCUAUACGUAAUUACAAACUCCAUUAGGUCUGAUAAAUACUCAAUAAAACAACUAUUAUUUCUUAUAACUCCUUGUCUAUUGGUGGUUCAAGGAAAUUUCAAAUAAAUUGUGUUACACUUGAUCUUACAUUUCUUGAGAUAUCAAAGUAUUCAUUGAAUUUUUUCCAGUUCAAUUUCUUUUUAAUGUUGCAUUGUAGUCUACGAUAAGACUAAAAUGAUGUUGGAUUGCCCUUGAACCUUAAACUCAGAGAAAAUAUUCACUAUACUUUAACAAAACCAUAAAAGUAUUUAAUCCAAUUUGAAUAUUUUUCUGAUUUUUAAAUUCAAGAACUCAACAUCAUUUCACAGGCAAUUGUGCAAAGUUGCGUAAAGAAAAUUGACCUUCAAAUAUUCAAAUAGUGCAAGUAUUUGAUAUCUAAAAAAAUAUCACGUAUGAAAGAAUAAAAUUCAUCUAAUACAUCUUUAGAAAUAAUUCACUGAAAACAUUUCUUCAUACAGUUAAUAGAUAAAAAGUUAUUUUAAAUAAUAAUUAACUCGCUCUCUAUACAUGUAUUCUUUGAAAAUCGUUCUGUCCAUGAUUUUACUUCGUAGAAAUAAAAAAUGAAUAGUAUGUUUUUUUGUGUAAGCGACCCGUCGUGAUUCGUCUGCGUUUACUGUAAUUAUAAGCAUUUUUACUUACGACUUUUACUUAACGAGUGUGUGGUACACCGUAGGUACUAGAAUAUACAUAACAUGUAAUCCGUAGAAAAAAACUGAUCGGUGUGACUAUGUGAAUAUGCCCUAGUAUUAGAAGGCAAUUUACGUAGGAAUAGCCAAUGCAAAUUAUACGUAUCUCUCAUCUAGAAGGAAUAACAUUGAGAUUAAGUUUUUAAGCCUAACGCAUGUUUACUUUGAUGCACUUACUUUGAUGCAUCCGUCAAAAACCAGUUCGACGUUCUGAUGUACUGUUAAUUAGGGGUAUAAUGUACUUUGAAUUUUAGUACUUAUUGUUAUCGAACAGCAGGAUUCGUUGUAUUUCUUCUGUAACACUUAAAAUAUAGAAAGAACGUCAAUAAGAUACUUUUACACCGACGGUCGAGUACUGUGUUUUGUUGUUUCGCAUAAAUUGUUUCCGAGAACAAUUGUAUUUUAACGAGUAACAUAGAUUGUCGCAUCGUCUCGAAAGCAUUAUAUAAAAAUAAGAAUUCGUAGAAAUCCACCGUGUCGCCAUUGUGUUGGUGUACGGGAACCUCAUUCGCGAUGAAUUAAUUAACUCUUUGCUACGUCGAGCGCAAUUUAUAUUCAGCCUGAAUUAUUAUUAAUUAUAUUGUCGACUUAGAUUAACGAGCAUAUUAACUUUCAAGCAACCGUACAUAGUUUUACUGAAAGUCUUGCAUAUUGUAUAUACAUAAUUAUAUACAAUGGGGAAAAAAAUCGUCUAUGAUCUUCGUACAGUGAUGAUUUUUGUAAGGUAUGCACCUGGUCAAAGCGUAAAGAAUUUUUACUUCAUUCCAGAGCUACUAUUAAUAUUUCACCAAACUGGUAUUGUACAUGUGGCUGUAAGAAUUCUUUAUGAAUAAAGAUUGUUGUAGAAACCUG